AUGCACGCCGACCGGCUAGUCUUGCAAAUACCAGCGCUGGUGAUCGCGAUUAUUGGGUUUAUCUUGGUUUGGGUUUCGCUAGCUACACCCGCUUGGCAGGUCACUUAUGCGCGGGAAUUGCAACAAUGGGUGCAGAGCGGAUUAUGGAUUAACUGCCAGACAAGGCCUGCUGGCAUGUACACCUGCACCUAUACCUUCAAUGAAUAUGAUUUUGAUUUCUAUUCGUCAGCUGAGGUGGUUAGCAUGAGAACACCGCCAUUUUAUUUUUGGCAGCGAACACUUCUCCAUAUUUUUGUGGCGGGCCAAGUGAUCGCGUUGGGAUCGUUCAUAACAUUUUGCAUCUCUAAUUCUGAUGUUCGUGCCACACAGCGAUGCUCAACAUUUAUGUUCAGUGCAUUGAUAGGGCUCACAACUUUAAUCUGCUAUGGAUGCCUGUUGGUAUUUUCGGUCUUUGCUCACAUGGUUAAAUAUCGAUUUUAUACAGUGUCCGUGAGUGGCAUUUAUGAGAAGCAUCACGGCUAUUCUUUCUAUUUCGCCCUAACCGGUGCUCUCUUCUACACGGUCUCCUUUAUCGUCUCGUUAUUGUACGCAUUCAAAUCGUUACGAGCCGACCGUUACGGGUAUGCCGGGUCAAGCCAACAAACGAUCACCGGCUAUAGGGGCAACGACUACCGUCUGACCGACGAAGAUCUGUUUGCGAUGAGAGAAUUGCCUGCUGUGCCUAAAUAUAGAUAC